GGGUGGGAUUUCCGCUGCCGGGGAGGCGGUUUUGUGUGUGUGUGUGUGUAUGUGAGUGUGAGGGGUGCCGGCGGGGUCCCCGCUUCCCCGCGGGCGGCGGCGCUUGGGGGGCCCGGCCCAGCCUGGCCCGGCCUCCGCGGCCACCGGCAGCUGAGGGGCGGCUCUCCCUCCCUCCCUCUCUCUCUCUUCUCCCUCCCUGCCGGCGGCGCGGCCCCUUCCGCCGGCGCUGAGGGGGUCCCCCCCCCUUGAGGGGACCCCUGCGGGAGCGGGGGGCCCCCGCGGGGGCGGCGGGGUCCCCCCCCCGAGGGCGCGGCGGCUUCCCCGGUUUCCCCGGUUCUCGGCUCCCCGGGCGGGGUGAAGGGCGGGCAGGUGGGCGAUGAAUGGUUUCAGCACCGAGGAGGACAGCCGGGAUGGGCCUCCCGCCGCCCCCUUCUACGGCCAGAGCUGCUGCCUCAUCGACGACGGGGACCGCUGCGUGCGCCCGGCCGGCAACGCGUCCUUCAGCAAGAGGAUCCAGAAGAGCAUCUCGCAGAAGAAGCUGAAGCUGGACAUCGACAAAAGUGUGAGACAUCUGUAUAUUUGUGAUUUUCACAAGAACUUCAUUCAGAGUGUCCGAAACAAAAGAAAGAGGAAGACAAGUGAUGAUGGCGGUGACUCUCCUGAGCAUGAAACGGAUGUCCCGGAGGUUGACUUGUUCCAGCUCCAAGUGAACACUCUGCGACGUUACAAGAGACACUAUAAGUUGCAGACUAGGCCUGGACUCAACAAGGCUCAGCUAGCAGAAACUGUCAGUCGUCACUUCAGGAAUAUUCCUGUGAAUGAGAAAGAGACGCUUGCGUAUUUCAUCUAUAUGGUGAAGAACAACAAGAGCAGGCUGGACCAGAAAUCAGAAGGUAGCAAGCAACUAGAAUGAAGAUUAACAAGACUUGGAAUAAGAGAGACCUUGAAGGAACAGAUGGUAUUGUGCAUUUUAGGUAUAUAAAAACUGUUGAAUUAUAUUGUAAAACUUUUUCAAAAUGCAGUAAGUCUGGAUGACAGAAAAAAAUUACAGACAUUCUUAUCAGGAGUAUUUGAAAACAAACAUGUGCCCAGCAUGUUUCUGAAGACUUCUUCCCCUCAUUUCAAAGUCACAUUGGAAUAAAGAAAUGAGGAUAAUGGGAAAAUCAAGUAAACAUGUAGGACUGUGGAGUUUAUCAACUCAGUGUUUUAAACCAUUUCUGGAAAUCUGCAUCUCGGUGCAAUUUGGAUCACAGAUGGAAUUUUUUCACUGAAUUCAGGCUGCAUCACAAACCACCAUGCAGUUUGUCUUGGCGCAGGACUGGAAUAGCAGCACCGAUAAAAUUCAUUAUUGAGGUGCAUGGGUCAGAAGUUUGUCUGAAGCUUGCUCCCCUACUACACGCUCUGUCUUGCCUUGAGUCAGUGCUUCAAGUCCCAAACUUCUACAAAUGCUCCAGCUCACCAAAUCUACUGCAGUGAACACUACUUGACUAGUCGGAAAUUUUUUUUUUACUAUUUUUCCACCUGCCCCCUUCUGACAUUGAUGCCAAACAACUCUCUGCAGUCUCUUUUUCUAAUUUUUCUUAUUUGAGAACUCAUUAAUUGUCUGUAAGUGUUUAAAAACUUCUGCAUUUCAUCAGAAGGUGGUAUUAAGGCAAAUACAGCUUAUUUGCUGGGUUUGAUCAUGUUGGUAGAAUGCUCUUUUAAUUCACUUAUGUGUAUUUCCCAUGUAUUCAGGGCUCAGUGAUGGUAGGUGAAACAAUGGCUUAAGACAUCUGUCCCUUAAUCACUCUGUCUAAUCAGGUAUCACUCACAAGUGAUGUGAAUUUUAUACUGAAGCUAGUCUUUAGCAGGUGUCACAAAACUGCUGUGUGGAUUAGCAGGCUUGGCAGUCUCUGUUCAGUAUAAAGCAGACUUACGCUAAUGGGUAUAGCACCAUAACCGGGGAGCGAACUGACUGGGGCAGGAUGCAUUUCAUCUGUCUUUGCAAUAGGCAAAAAAUAUCGAAGCAAUUGCCUUUUGUGAGCAUUACGUGUGCUUUCAUAAGAGCUGUGGGAGCGGAGGGUGGCAUGCUGGUGCUCUUUAACUGGGCGCCAUAGGAGGAGAUCCCUCUGAUUUUGUUAUUUAAAGCCAAGGUGUCCUUACAAAUUACAAAGUGGUUAUUUUGGCAAAAGACGCUUAUAAGAGUGUUGGUCAAGACUGACUGUUCUCCAGUGACCUCAAAUCCUACUCAAGGGGAUCUCAUGAUUUAAAGCACCACUCUGUUUCUUUGCUGUCCGAACCAAUGUCUCCAUUCUGUUACAAGAUGCCAAGACUCCACACACCGAGUAUAUUCUCAGUAAGCCUUAAUCAAUGAACCGAGCAGUAGACAACUUUGGCUAGCAUUUUGUCAAUGGCAGGUUUUAAUAUUCCAAAACUGGAUGAAGCUUUGUUGAAGAGCUAAACACACAGGUCACGAUCCCAGCUUAGUACUGCAUCAUGUUUCAUAAGGUGUGAAGGGUUCACAUAGUGAAGCUCUUGCUGAAGCUCUCUCGGGGUCUCUUUAAAAAUCAAGGCACAAUUUAAAGCAAGCUGUUCCCAUCAGCUCUGAAGUGUUUGCUAAUACUCCAAAAACAUGUUCCACAAACGUCAACAUCUCUAAGUCCUGUGUCAUAGGCAAAAACACUCUGUCAUGGUACAUGUGCCAUUUGUGAUGUUUUGGGGAGUGUGAUUGUUUCAGCAUUUCCUUGUUCAAUUCAGUAUGGAUUUCAAGAAUAUCAGCCAGGAGAGAGGUUCCAGGAAUGAGGAGAGAAUGUCUUGCAUCGGUAUUUCAUGAAUGUUUAACAAUUUCCUAAUUACACUGGUCCUUUCCUUAUUGAAAGGAUGGAGUAAUUCCCACAUCAGUUAACAUGAUCUGGCUUCUCUCAUUCAGGACAGAGAGCUAAAAGGGUACGUUCUCUGACUGCAUGCUAACUGCUCAUGCAAUCAGAGGAUGUUACCAAGGGAAAAUGAGUUUCUGAGUUGAGGUGGUUAUGCCUCAUUGUAACUUCUAGACCAAAACUGUAAAAAUGUAGUUUGUUUGGGGUUUACUUUUUUGUUGUUGUAUUUUGUUUUGUUUUAUUUUUAAGAGUAAAUAAAUCUGUUGGGGUGUUUUAGCAGCCAGCAGCAAAAUGAUUCUUUCAAGGAAAUAUGGUGGCAGGUUCCAUCUGUUCAGGUGUAUUCACUGGAAUGCUUUUGUGCAGAGGUGGUAUCCAGGAAACUUUUUUUUUCUUUUCUGAAAAUAGGCAAUUGAUGUGAAAUGUGAUCCUUGUUGGUUUCAAUCUUAAAGCAACUAUACUUUUUUGAAAAAAAAUUAGUGAAGCGUGAUGAUGAAGAGAUGUUUACCAGCCAUUAGCAGUUGUUUAUAAGGUGGAAAGCUUGGAGGCAAGACACCAAAGAAACAGAAAUCUUUGGCUGUCAGACCCCAUGGCCUUAUAAACCCUUGCAAAUGCCUUAUUACCUUGUUCUUAACUUAGCCAGAGCAACACGCCUUGAGCAAAAGAAAGCCGAUGUCUUGUUGGAAGGGUUAGCCACUUUAUGGCUCCCAUGCUAUAAACUGAGAUCACACGUCAAUUCAGUAGCAAUAUCCAUGUUCAGGGUGCCUGUGAUUCUUGAAAAGCAUUUAGUGUCUAAUAACCAGAAAACGCAACAAUGCAAUUGUCUUUCUGUAUAAUACCAUUCUGUGUAUUUGACUCCUUAUGCUGCAUGCCAAUUAAAAAAGACUUUCCAACUUUUUGUUUUAAA